AGGCUUCACCUUCUGUCUCGGGAACUUAUUAAAGGAUUACAGCUGAAAAAGACAAAAGAAAGAAAAGCUUGAACAGGAAGCUUAUCCUACAAUGAGAAUUACAAGUACAUCUUGUAUCUGCCCAGUCCUAGUUUGUCUCUGUUUUGUGCAGAGGUGUUAUGGAGCUGCUCACCAUGGCUCCAUCAAGGUGACUAGAAAUCAAACGAAACACGUAGAAGGUGAAACAGAAGUGCAUCAUCGUCCCAAGCGUGGAUGGGUGUGGAAUCAGUUCUUUGUUUUAGAAGAACACAUGGGACCAGAUCCUCAGUAUGUAGGAAAGCUGCACUCCAAUUCUGACAAAGGUGAUGGAUCAGUCAAAUACAUUCUUACUGGAGAAGGGGCGGGGACUAUAUUUAUUAUUGAUGACACGACUGGAGACAUCCAUUCAACCAAAAGCCUAGAUCGAGAGCAGAAGACACACUAUGUGCUUCAUGCCCAAGCUAUUGAUAGACGGACAAACAAGCCGCUUGAGCCUGAAUCUGAAUUUAUUAUCAAAGUGCAGGAUAUCAACGACAAUGCACCAAAAUUUACAGAUGGACCAUACAUUGUUACUGUGCCAGAGAUGUCUGAAAUGGGUACAUCUGUUCUACAGGUGACAGCCACAGAUGCAGAUGACCCUACAUAUGGAAACAGUGCCAGAGUAGUGUACAGUAUUCUUCAGGGACAGCCAUAUUUCUCUGUUGACCCUAAAACAGGAGUCAUCAGGACUGCCUUGCACAACAUGGACAGGGAAGCUAGAGAGCAUUAUUCCGUUGUCAUUCAAGCCAAAGAUAUGGCUGGGCAGGUCGGAGGGCUGUCAGGGUCAACAACUGUAAAUAUCACACUCACUGAUGUCAACGACAACCCACCCAGGUUUCCUCAGAAACAUUAUCAGCUGUAUGUUCCUGAAUCAGCUCAAGUUGGAUCAGCAGUUGGCAAAAUCAAAGCAAAUGAUGCAGACACUGGUUCAAAUGCAGACAUGAAGUACACAAUUAUAAAUGGUGAUGGCUCUGGGGUCUUCUCCAUAUCUACUGACAAAGAAACAAGGGAAGGAAUUCUUUCCCUGAAGAAGCCGCUCAACUAUGAAAAAAAGAAAUCAUAUACACUUAAUAUAGAAGGAGCAAAUACUCACCUUGAUUUCCGUUUUUCGCACUUGGGACCAUUCAAAGAUGUAACAAUGCUGAAGAUCAUUGUUGGCGAUGUGGAUGAACCUCCGCUCUUCACUAUGCCUUCCUAUGUCAUGGAAGUUUAUGAAAAUUCAAAGAUCGGAACUGCUGUUGGCACAGUAACAGCACAAGAUCCUGACGCUGCCAACAGUUUAGUGAGAUAUUUCAUUGAUCAUAACACAGAAGAAGAUAGGUAUUUCACCAUUGAUGCUAGUACUGGGACCAUUAAGACUGCCAAGAUCUUUGACAGAGAGGAAACACCUUGGUACAACAUCACAGUGGCUGCUUCUGAGAUAGACAAUCCUGAGCUAGUGAGCCACGUUCCAGUUGGUGUUAGAAUCCUGGACGUCAAUGACAACCCUCCAGAACUCGCCAGAGAGUAUGAUGUAGUUGUCUGUGAGAAUGCAAAGCCUGGUCAGGUAAUUCAGACUAUCACUGCAACUGACAAAGAUUACUCUGCAAAUGGGGCAAGAUUCCAUUUUUCCCUUGAUGAAGGGCUUUCUUUGAAUCCCAACUUUACUCUAAGGGACAAUGAAGAUAAUACAGCCAGUAUCCUGACAAGACGAAGGAGAUACAGUCGAACCACUCAAGAUAUCUAUUACCUCCCAGUUUUGAUUUCUGAUGGUGGAGUGCCCCCUCUCAGCAGCAGCAGUACUCUCACAAUUAGGGUUUGUGCAUGUGAGAGAGAUGGACGAGUGAGAACUUGCCAUUCUGAAGCUUUCCUCUCUUCAGCUGGCUUGAGCACGGGAGCUUUAAUUGCAAUCCUGCUCUGUGUUGUCAUUCUUCUUGCAAUUGUGGUCCUUUUCAUCACUCUAAGACGUAGCAAGAAGGAGCCCUUGAUCAUUUCAGAAGAAGACGUCCGGGAAAAUGUUGUGACAUAUGAUGAUGAGGGCGGUGGAGAAGAAGACACAGAAGCAUUCGACAUCACAGCACUGCGGAAUCCAUCGGCUGCUGAGGAGCUAAAAUACCGGAGGGAUGUUCGUCCUGAAGUGAAGCCAGUGCCCAGGCAUCACCCCUCCUCAAGCCUUGACAGUAUAGAUGUUCAGGAGUUCAUUAAGCAAAGACUGGCAGAGGCUGAUCUGGACCCCAGUGUGCCCCCAUAUGACUCCCUACAGACAUAUGCCUAUGAGGGUCAUAGAUCAGAAGCUGGAUCUAUCAGCUCGCUGGAUUCAGCCACAACACACUCUGACCAGGAUUAUAAUUACCUUGGAGACUGGGGACCUGAGUUCAAGAAGCUAGCUGAACUCUAUGGAGAAAUAGAAUCAGAAAGAACAACUUAG